UAUAUAGUUUAUUUCAAAACUGAUUAAUUGUUAUUGAUAAAAUAUUUUGAAAUUUAAAAAUUGUUAAAUAUUCUUUUAAAAUAAUAAUAUGUUACUCAAUAAAUGUAAGUUAAUACUUUUUUUUAUUCAAAUAAUCAACCAAUCAAUAUGUGUUGAUCUAAAUAACAUUACACGGGAGGACAUAGACACUCUUGAAAAGGAAUACAAAGAUAUGAAAUUUGUCAAGCUUAUGGAACAUCCUUAUUAUAUAAAAUCACGCAAUGAGGAUAACUUUUGUCCAGUGCCUUACAGUCACUUAGUAGAUUAUCAUGACAUUUCUUAUGAAGGUAUAAAUAUAAUAAAUAGAAGUUUGCAGGAUGUGGUUUCUAACUGUGUGACAGGGGGAAAAUAUAAAUUGGCUUAUACGAUUUUUUUGAACGCUAUUGAAAGUAUGGUCAUUACAUACAUGUAUCGGUUCUGCGAGUUUGCAAUAGAAAUGAAUAAAAAACAUUCUGAAAUAUCAUUUUACUUAAAAGUAUUAAGUAAUAGACUUGCUGAACUUAUACCGAUAAUUAAUAGAGAAUGGAUUUCUCCUGAUCCGUAUGAAUGUAUUUUAGAUGUUUACAAAAGUCACAAAUCUGAGGAAUACAAAUUUAAUGAAGUAAACACAAAUUACAGAAAUGCUUUAUUAAUCUGCAUGGAGUUAAUGAAAGAUAAAGUGCACUUUUUAAAAGAACCUAAAAAAGUAACAAUGAAUGAAUUGACUGUAAAUCGAUUGAAACAAUACCAAGAUAUGAGUAAUCGAGUUAUUAGUCGUCAUUUGACUUUAAAAAGUGGUCCUACUUACAAAGAUAUAACUGGAGAUUUAUAUCAAACCUCUUGUACAAGCNACU